AUGUACUCAAAGGUCCUAUAUUUUGCCACUUUCAUCACCGCCGUAGUGGCACAAUUCGGGUAUGAGCACGGCCAUGGAUCAGCAUUCUCCUCCAAUCACAUCUCCAAACACGACGGUCACCCGGAAAUUGUCCAUGGACACGGUCACCACGUUGAUUAUCAUACGCACCCUCACUACACAUUCGACUACAAAGUAGAGGACCACCACACGGGCGACAUGAAGUCUCAGCACGAGUCACGAGACGGCGACGUAGUGAAGGGCUACUACUCGCUGCACCAGCCCGACGGCUCCGAAAGAUCCGUUCACUACCAUGGAGACCAUCAUACUGGAUUUCAUGCUGACGUAAAAUACGCAACUCAUCAUAUUAUUCCAAAGAAACAUUAUUGAUGUAUUAACUUUAAUAAUAAUUAUAUCUAGAUGCUGUUGAAUC